UGUUACUCACGAGCUACUGGUUGGGGAUCACUGUCAUAGGAGAUGGAAGGUAUUAUACUGUAUAAAGUGAAAGCAAAUUAAUUGCAUAUCAUGUACAUUAUACAGGGACAGAAAUUGCAUCCCAAUAAUGUCAUGUGACAGCAUCGGGUCCCCUUCCCCAAUAACAUUACAAAAAAAGUAGUGAGGAUUGGCAUUCAAAGUACAUAAUACAAUGAGAGGGAUUGGACACAAGCAACAUAGAGACAUUAUAAUGCAUUGUGUAUUGGAGCCCCAAGCACAUUAUAAAGACUGGCAGUGGGUAGUGUCACCCCAAACCCAUUCUACAGAUAGAGGCAGUGGGCAGUGCAAAUCAAACAACCCCCUUUCCACUCUCAAAAAAAAAAUGUUAGCAGUUGACCCCAUGUAAAUGAGAAACAAGCAAGUCGUGUGGCGAAUUCCUGCAGCAGUGUCCCCAUGGGACUGGGCUUUACUGCUAACAUCCUGAAAAAAAGUUUAAAAAAACAAUUAAAAAACAAGACCCAGUCUCUACUGAGAUAACUACUUUACAGUUCAGUGGGUGUAUGCAUAGCUGUAUUUAUAGCAUAUAGAUGUUUUUUGGAGAUGAAAGCUUACAAUGUUUUUCCAUAUAACAUUGUGAUAGCUGAAUUUUAGAAUCUUUGUAAAUGUAUAUCCUCUGAUCACUUGCAACCAUUACAGCACUUUGUUCUGAUGUUGUUUACACGUAAAAUCAGUGCAAAGUAUAUCCCACGUCAUUCAGCAAAAAAUAACAGAGAAAUGUUAUUUGAAGAUUAAUCAAAACUAAUGUACUCUACUGUGCUGCCUGGUAUGAAAUCAGUUAAUAUGAGCUCCACUCUGCAUGAACGCCUCCCAAAAACUCAUCUCAUUUCACAACGGUAUUAGAAGGAGGGAGAGCAGGAGGCUUCUGAUUCUGUAAAGCUUUCUCUUGGCAACUGCAAUGGGUUUCUGCCAAUGGUAACAACAGAAGCUCCCUGCUACCUUUGUCCAUUUGCAAUUGACACAAAAUAGACCGUAAACUCAAUAAACUGGCAGGACCUGAUGGAGGGGCAGAAAAACCAGUGGACUAACCUGCUGCUGACAAGCUCAAAGCAGGAUGAUGGCCAAGGUUAUACUUUUUCUGGAAAUGGCUUGCAAUCUUACAGCAGGGAUUGGUAUUAAGAUUUCAUAAAUUAAUCCAUAUCCCAUAAACUGGUGGAGGAUCUGCAUUCAGAAGAAUGGUGGAAGGUGCCUGCAGCCUGGCAGAGUCAACAAAAGAACAGACAUCUCCCCGAGCUCUGUGUCACUCAGUUGUUUUUUUUUGUUCCAAAGGCAUGAUCGAGGGUGUGGUGGUAUUCCUUUUUAUCUGGCUGCUCAUUCAGGUCCUCCUCAAUAAGCAACAGGAAGUUCACUUGCAGAUACUCCUGGUAGCCGGCCUGGCACUUUUUUGUUUCUGCCUCUUGCUUGGAUGUGCCAUCUGUUGGCACCAAAGACACAGAAGCGAUUCUUUACAUAGCCUCAGUGAGACAGACAAGGAGCUGGAAGAAAUCUCAGUCAGAUCUGCUGCAGUUCCAAUACCAACUUGCUACCAAGACAUGGAUGAGGACAUCACUGCACAAAGUGUUGACCAUGGGGAAGAUGUACCAACAAGAGGUUUAUAUUCUAGAGCUUCGCUGUCCAGUUUACACCGUAUUUCAUCAAAGACCAAACGCAUGCUACAUCGGCAUAGCACAUUAGCAGUGGACUAUUCUCAAGAACGUGAUAAUGUAAAACUUGUGAGGAUGUCUGCCUCCCGCACUGAUCCAAGUGGGCUUUCGAAAACAAAACAUAAAUCCCAUCCAUUCCUGCACUUCUCUUUGCACUAUUCCUUAGAAGAAGAGUCACUCACAGUGACAGUUACUGGCCUCUCUAAUCUGCCCAAGAAGUUCCAUCAGAAGAGAGAGUCCUUGGUUAGAGUCUAUCUGAUGCCUGGUUUUAUUGAGCCACUACCAGCGGUGAAUGAGGGUCCAGACAAAGGACAGAAGUUCUUGUUCUGUAAGUACAGCCCAGAGCAGAUGAAGGAGCUCACUUUACGGCUUGCUGUGUAUGCUCAAGAGAAGCAAAGUCUAAGGGAAGGAUUCAUUGGAGAUGUGCUGUUCUCCUGCACAGAUAUUGACUGGCAAAGUCAGCAACCAUGCGUCUUCACAAAGGAACUAUCUGUUACCAAAACCAAGCUUAAGAAGAGUCGGAGCACAACAGAUGUAAUCUCCCCUUCAACCGGACAACCAAAAUUCAUCGGACAGAUAUUUAUCCUUCUUCAAUAUCAGUGCACAGCCAGUCGUGUAAAAGUGAUGGUGCAAAAGGCAGAGAACUUGGGCAAGCGGACACGUGCACGUGUUCCUGGCCCAACAGAUCACUUUGUUAGUAUACGCCUGAUCCAGGAAAAUGUAGUCAAGGAGAGGAAAGAGACUCGCGCAGCAACAGGAUCCAGCCCUGUAUGGAAUGCUCCGUUUCUCUUUGAUAUCCCUGCCCAGGCCUUAGAGGAAGACACUAUUGCUCUUGAGUUUGUGAUCAUGCAGGGCCGUGUUCAUAAUCGUGCUCGUACUCUUGGUCGUGUGCGAAUUGGUGCUGGUGCUUCAGAAGCUGGGCUGGCUCACUGGAAGGAGAUGCAGGACAGAGACCCAAAGGAAUGUGCCCGUUGGCAUGCCCUCCAAUCUGAUGUGUUUUAGAAUUUCCGCCAUUUUGCAACCAGUGAUUUAUUUUCUGCCUUGAAUUGAUUUUGUGUGCGUGUGUGUGUGUGUGUGUGUCAGUGAAUUCCAACCCGAGAUUCCUGGAAUGGACAACCAUAUCAAGGAAACUAAUGAAGUUAGUCAGUUUUUAUAAAACAGACUCUUUAAACCUGCUGUUAGUGGUAGUGCUGAGAGUUGGCUUGGGGUGGGGUAAUAUCUAGAGGCUGGAAGGGUCAGUGCACCUGUUGGGAAUCACUGCACUAAGCGAUAGACCUUGAUUAGGUUUGAAUUUAGUUCUCUGGUUGUGGAAAGCGUACAAGAAACCAUGGGACAAUUCCAGUCAUACUUGCAGUUUCCCUAUUGUCAUUAUUAGAUUAGCUUGUAAACUUGCUUCGUUAGGUAUUUAUUCAGCAAUUCAAUGCUGUUUUAUGACAGGAGACAGGAAUGAAAUCAUACAUCCCAUUAAAUAUAAUAUAAUGUAUGAAAAACAAGAAUGAGACAGAGCAUUAUGCUCAUUAGGUGUUUUAUGUUGAUUCAUUGAAAAUUUCUGCAAAAUUCCUACUAGUACUGCCCAUCUUUUCCACUUCCUGCUGGCUAAAUCUCUGGAUGUGCACACUGCACUGUAGGACAGGAACCAAUCAGCAGCUAGGCCAACAAUGAUAGAGAACUGGAGCCUGUCUUUGCUUGUGUGACUGCAUGGCUGUGAUUGGCUAUCCCCCUCCUAUUGAGCUUCUGGUAGGGACUGUUAGAACACGCCAACCUCUCAUUUGAAAUUCAGACAGGGACAAUAGCAGAUCUAUAGGGAGCUCCAAUAAAGGGGUCAUUUUUAAAGUUAAUUAUCAUUUUUAGCCCAAAGUAAAACCAGCACAAUUUCUUAUUCAUUAUUGUCUACAAGCCUGCAGGGGUUUUUAGUUAUGCUAUUUGUCUCCUUUACAAAAAGUUGGUGCUUUAUUUGGACAUAAACAGGACCACAACCCUCAAAACCCUAUGCGUUUGUGCUCAUCAUGUCUAAAUAAAGUAUCAAUGGUGGUUUUA